CCCAUGUUGAUUAUGGUUCAGUCAUUCAAAUUUCUCCUAAAUAUUUACCCAUUAUAAUCUGAAGGGGGACGUCGACCGUACCAAUAUAUAUUGCCAGUAUCGACUGAAUACUCAUAGUCCAGUCCACCAGGUCCGCGAGUCCCAUGACUCCCAGACCGGAUGAAAAACAGUCUCACUCUGUUUUGAUCUGCCAAUAUUUCCAAAGCCAAUCUAAUUCAUUAGUACUCCUCCAUACCGUGGCUCCCAACCCCGCAAACGUGACCCCACCCUCUCUCCUGCACGCUCUUCGGGCGAAGGGAGACCAAGCAGUUCGAGACCAUGCGAAGCUUCUCCCUUUCCCCCGACUGGUGGUGGCACAAGUACCUGGUCAGUGGUAGCUUGUUCAAGGCGAUCACGAUGCGCUCCUUUCCUUUUCUUUAUUAGAACUCUCCUCUCUCGUUCGUCUCUAGCUCUCCUUCCUCCCAUUUGACUUCUAUGUAUGCACAGUUGUUGGUUCACCGCCAACGAGAAAUUCUUCCGCAGUAAAUACAGAAAUUAACGAACCAAUUUACUCCGGACCCCCGUUACACGUCUGAGGUCUCCUCAUUCCCACGAUCAAGUUCUAAAUUGGUCAUUCAACCUUGAGAAACAUCGUCCGUCGCCAUGGUCGACCUCAUCUCCCCUCCGGAUCCUCGCACCCUACUCCCUCCUCUGCUGGCGUGUCUCCCUACGGCUUUUGUGUCGCCAUUGCCCCCGCCUGCACUUUUGCCUCUGCUAUCGCCUGUGCUCCGUCAGCGAGUUCAAGUUCUGAGUGCCCUCGCCGCUUCUCCGAGUGAAUCAUGGCUGCGACUCCUUUGUUGGGAUUCUGGUCAAGCUGAGCGGCUUCAGACGGUAGUGGAUGAGUCCAGCUUUGAACCUCACCCCGUGUCGGGGGAGAUCGAACUACCCGAUGAAGUCCCCGUGGAAUAUAAGCGCGUGGACGAGGAGACACUACAGUCUCGCAUCAUACUCUCGGACUAUCGCCUAAAGGCGAUCUAUCUGUGGUGCCCCAACGACAAGGAUGGUGGAGGACCCGGGUGGCGAGUCGCAGAACUUCUGCCCCACGAAGGCAGUCGGGCAGAUGGUGAUGACUGGUCAGCAUCGAUAGGGGAAGCCAACUCACACUCCAAAGAACGGUUGAUGGAGGAUGCGUUAAGAGCGGCGGAGAAGGAGGAGGAAGCCGCUAAAGACGAAGACGACGACGAUGAUGAUUACUGGGCUCAGUAUGACGCUACGCCUGGGAGGACCCCAUCAGUAAAAACGCCCGCUCCUAAUGCGCGGUCUGCCCUUCAGCACCAGGGCAUGUCAGAGGCGUCCUACUUCUCGCAGUAUGCCGAUGUGCAGCCAGCGAUGGACAACCAUGAUCCGUCGGAAGAACAACCGGAACUCGGACCAUCUUCCCUAGGCGGAGAUCUGCUAGCCAAUCUCCUGAAGCCUCAUGCUGAUAACCAAGCGCCCGAGAACCUACUGCAUCUCAAUGGUCAUGGAGACCCCGACAGAACAUUGAACCAUCCACGACCGUCAUCUGCCUCCUCUAACAGCUCGGAGGCUGUUGCCAAGCUGGAGUUGGAGGCCGAAAACCAGUCAGCAUGCGAAGUAGGCGUCAAGCAGCAUAUCAGUUCUAACAUUAAGAGUCUGUUCCGGCUCGCUAGAGCCACAGGGAUCACGCGCGCCGAGUUUCAGUCGCUCGUGAGAACGGAGCUGGAGUUGUUGAAUGUGUCUGAUGAUGAGUAGUAUUUUUGUUGGGGCAGACUAUGAUGCACUGUUUCUUCUUCUCUUUAUUUAUGGAAACUCGCAGGGUCGAUUUGUACAUAAUAUUUCAUUCAGUCAUGAUGAUGUUUGAGCGUUGGAGUGUGAUUAUUAUGUUGCAUUGGAUAUCCCACCUUGCUUUGCUUUUUGAUUUUCAUUCAUUUUCUGUCCGUGUUGUAGAUUUAAAAUAAAUAAUUUAUGUAUUUUGAUUUUAACUUUCA